UAUAUUUAUGUAUCAUAUCAUAUAUUAUUAUAUAGGUAGUGAACAAUCUGUUCGGGUCAGGUUAAGAUGCAGUGACUGUUCCUCAACCCUUGCAGUUUUGCAGGGUCGUUGUCUGGGGAGCAUCUGGGAUAGACUCCAGGAAACAGACAUUUACAUUUACUUUUAGCAGUAAAAUUGAUCAUUGCUUAUGAGAGAAGUACAGAGAGUAGAUGGGUUCGUGUGAGGUGGGGUGAAAGAGUUUGCUUAAACUGGGUUCGUAGAAUCUGGGUUCGCAGAAUCUGUUGCGUAAACUGUUUAUUCGAGCUGUUCCCAAGGAAAUAUUCAAAAUGUCACGCCGACCUGGGAAAGGAACUGGGAGGUUGAUGGUGGGCCAGAUGAAGCUGGAGCUGGACAGAUAACACGGCCCAGCGCCAGGACUUUCCAAGUAGCCGAGAAAAACAUCUACACGUCCUUAUUUGGACAUGUGGAAAGAUUUUAGGUGGUGGUUAAAAGCAGGCCUUCGCAGGCUGGGGUUUUUCAGAGCGCUUCGCAGAGGGUCCGCUGGUAGCACACAGCGGACCUUUUCCGACCUCUCGGUUCUCUCUGCAGAGGAACAAGCAGGUGAAUUCGAUGCGUCCCAGAUGGAUGCAGAAGAAACAAAACCAUUACGGACAAAGAAGCCAGUUCACCCUGUAGCUGAUCUAGAAGGGACAGACAGGGCAGUGGAAAGGGAUGAGUUGUUAGAACUGCCCGACAUUUAUUUGAACACAGAGAAAAUCUCAAUUGGAAAUUCUCGCAGUGAAAGUGAUCUGCGUGACAGAGCAGUUAGAUCACUGUGGGCUGAGUCAGAUGAGGAAUCAGUGUGUGUGGGUGAUGAACGGGUAAAUGAGGUUUCUGAUGGACUUCCUCUGCUGGUCGAAGAGGCAAAGCGUCAAAAUCUGCCCUGGCCUUCAAGACCAGAUCAGAAUGAUCUGACUGACACUGUGGGACUUUGCAACUUGUCACUAGAACAAAUAACUGAGCAUGUGAUUCAUGCUGUUGAGCUGCGUCAGAAGCAGGCAAAGGAGGCAGUGAAAGAAGCAACACGCCAGCAGCAGCGAAAAGAGGGGGAGAAAAGAGAGAGGAGGAUGGUGUCUGCUCAACCAGCCAGCGUGCCUCAGACCCCACCUACACCACCAGGCAUGGCCACACCUCAGGUGAUGUACAUUCUACCAGGAGGGUGGACAAGACGACCUCCUAUAAGGAGAGGAGGGUUCCCUGCAGACAAAGGCAGAGGAGCAGGAGGCAGCCACAGAGGAGGCGUGAGAUGCUACUGCUGUGGGAAGACUGGUCACGUAAGAAGCCAUUGCUUUGAUUGGCUACGAGGCUCACGAGGAGUGCCCAGACCAAAGGGGUCCGCUGAUCAAUGUGGAGUCCACUCAACUGGGUACUAGAGAGGACCAGACACCUGCAGGAUUCAUGAACUUUGUUGAUGGGCUCCAUCAAAAGCCAAAAAGCCAGAUGCCUCUGAAUCUGUGACUUCACCUUGAUGCACACUUUAGUACUUUGAGACUCAGACAAAUAUCUAAAAUUGGGAAACAAAAUAAACAAGUCGGGCUGGUCAAAAUAGCUCAGUCCUUAAACCUGCCAAAAGAGUCAAAAAUUAAAAAAUAUGCCGAUUUUACUAGGCAAGGGAAAGACAAAGGUAUAGAGAAUAUUUCAAGAUAAAGUUCCCAAUUCAAUCACUCUGCUGACAAAUGCUCCAUCUGAUGCUCAGUGGUUGACGGUGUUAAAAACAAUGUGAAUGUGAAGUAUGUGGAUGAAGACACUGUGUGCACCAGACUUUGAGACAUGCCUCAGUCCAUCUCUCCAACUAACACUAACUGUAGACAGUUGUCUCAUGGUAUUGGUAAAGACUCAUUCACAUUAGUGAGGUAAGAAAGUUUCACUAGACAAGCCUCAACACUGUAGGAAGUGCCUCCCACAUACCAUAAAGUGAGUGAAGUAUCUGAGGAGGUCAAUCAGCUAAAAAGGGAAUUUGAGGAGAGUGUAAAUGUUUCCAUCAUACAGUAAACAGCAGUUUGAUCCCUACAGUACGUAAGCUAGCAUACGCAUCAUGCUUUCAUGUGUUACAGAAAACAUCAAACUUUACAGUGACUAAAACCAGACGUGCAUUUUACUGCUACUGUGCCAGUUCUCCAAUAGACAGAAAAACCAAACCAUUCAGAACCUGCAAGGUGUAACUGUUGCAACAAUGCUUAGCCUUCUAUAGUACUGUAUUGUAAUGCUACGGAUUGUGGUGCUGCAAGCAGCUACUGUUCACUAAACUACACUUAGUAUUUGCACAGUCCGUCUACUGUUUAAGUGGGGCUGCAGUUUUAAUGAUCGCCUUGACAUGUUUUGAUGAGGUUCCACUUAGUUCUUAUCAUCACUAUCAUUAAUAUAUUCCAACAGAGCAGAAGACACAUUUAGCAAAUGUGUAAACCAGGUCUCAGUUCAUUUUUUCUUUCCAUCCUUUUGCUAAACAGUUAACAUAGAUGUCAUCAGUCUGCAGGCCUUAAACAAGUGUGACAGGGCUGUGGUGUUCUUUACGGCAUAGAAGGAGGAGGUCUGGGGAAGAGACUGAGCAGCAACAGUGAUGGUGCUUUAUCCUCCAAGAGGGGUGACUGUAUGUGGGUUUAUAUGGACUUUCUUUAAUAGCUUACAAUACUUCAAUUAUCGUCCACAGCUAUUUUGUUAUCACUACAAACUCUGACAGUCACAGGGGAAUUAUAAUUAGAUGUAACAAUAAUUGUGGGGUUGUUUGAAUUUCUAGGGUAUAGCUUUGCAUUUCCAACAGUUAACUAGGUUGUGUUAUGUCCAUGUGUCAUUUCUGAUAGUUUGUGAGGAUUCAGCUUAUUUAGUCUUUACGUUAAUUUUGUCAUAAAGUCACUUAAUGCAUGCAUCCGCAAUGCGUCUUGAAUUUAAAAAGGUUUCCUACAACGCAAUGAUUCUGUGUUCAUAAUGAGAUUAGUUCGUGUUGAUGUUAUAGUUAUUAAGGUCUAAACAUGAGGAACAUAAGGUCUUGUUUCUCCUAUUGACAUUGUCCUUAAGUUCACUCAGUUUAUUCAGGGAUUGAUGAUGAUCCCUGGUAAGGAUAAAUAUGUAGGAUAAAUAAGAGUAGGAAAUUACUUUUAAGGGUUUUGCUAGUGUUCUUUUAUCCAUCCAUCUUAAUUAAUGAUUUAAUCGGCUUCAAAUUCAAUUGACAGUUAUCUGUCUAUUGAGGGGGGAAAAUGUAUUGUAAAAAAUUGUUUUGAUUAUUGCUUUAUGACGGUCCUUAGUAACUGGGGAACUUGUGUGGGUGGCAUCUGCUGUGAGAAUGGACUAUUCUGUUUCUGUUGUGUUUUAUCCCAAGUUGGUGAACUUAAUCCAUGGGGGAAAGGUUGUGGUCGAGUUGGCACAAAAUUUGAUUUGUUAUAUACUGUAAAUAGCUUACGCUAUAGAGGAGUAUGAUCUUACAGCGGGACUCAUUGUGGAGUGAUAGGAAAAGUGACAGGAGCAGGGUAUGUCAGGAAGGAAAGGAGUUAAGGGAAGUCGAAGAGUGAAUGAAAAGGGAAGUGUAAAUGUGAUAAUGACAAUAGAGGGAUGAAAAAGUACUGUGAACAUUGCAUUUCAGUGUGUAGCUUGUAAAAAUAUGCCGAACGCAUAGACUAACAUUGCACGAAGCUUUGCUUGACGAAAUGGUGUUUAAUGCAUCAACCAAGUUUCUAUGUGAAACAGAUGAUUAAUAUACGCAGGAAAGCUGUGUUGUUCCAUUGCAGGAAAGAAGAGGACAAAGAAGAUCAAACUCCGGAUCACUGAUGGGCCCUGAGUGACACUGCUGACUCAUUUAGCAGAACAAGGUCACAGGCUAGCCUUUCUAAAUUAUAGUUCUCAUAGAGCAAGAGUCACUCUCUUAGCUCACGUGCACGACAAAAACCCUGAGCUCAUGACAUGACUGACUGAUACUGUAUAUGCUCUGCGGACUGACUAUGACAUAUGUCGAUGAUGUUUCUUGUUGUUGAUUUUAUAUAAUGAGGGUUUAACAAUUUUCAUUCUGCAUCUCAGUGUGUUGUUGUCCACAGGAAGCUCACAUUAACAACUUCAACCCUUCCCUCUACACAGAGCAGCAAUGGAGAAAAUGUGUCAACUAAUUUUCUAAACUAAUUUUUUUCCCUAACCAACUUCUCUCCUACUCUUAACCUCCAUCCACAGGUUACUUCAGUAUCAGAGGAGGGUGUGUCUUAUGAUCUGCUACAACUGUGGGUUUUUAUAUUCUCUGAUCUUUUGAUUUCUAUAGCGACGACUUGGAACAAAAAGCAAACUAUAUGUUCUAUUCAGUCUAACCCUAACCCUAGCUCUGUAGGAUGGUUUAUGCUGCACUAUAGUGCAGAUCUUUCUGCCUCUCAGCUAUCAGCUCUCAGGUCACAGAUGGAGCACCAGUCUGAGGGGGACAGAGGAUGGUGCAGCAGAAGUGUGCUGGAACCCUGGACAGUCGGGAAACAAGGGACUCUGUGUUCAACGUGAAGGCAAGCUGGGCCAACUGGGUCGCUAGCAGAAAGGCAGGGCAUCAGAUGAGGUUCCUAGGACAACGCAGAGGGUGCAGUGCCACAGCUUCCAGUACAACUGUGACGGACGAAGGAGGAGUCGAUGGAGCCGAAGGAGCUGAUGGAGAGUCCAAUAUAUUGCAAUUCCAGCUACAUCAACAAUCCUCACCCACCUAAUAUUGUGGGGCUGUGCUGACCAACACGGCUACUGGGUGUGGGCGGAGCACCGCCCUUAGCUGCAUCCUUGAUAUACACUGAUGUUUGAAUUUGCCCGUGCAUGAGCUGAAUUGCAGAUACUGGACGAAGUGAGAGCACAGACCUUCAUGAUUAACUGUGGUCGGUGUGGAGUCUGUGAAGAAUCUGUUGUGAUAAAGAGGACACUUAUGUAGAAUGAAAACUGUGAGGGUUGUUACUGAAUGUACUUGUUUACAGGCAGCGUGGAAGGAUCACCUGUUGGAGCUGAAAGAAGAGCUUAGGUGUUCUAUUCACCACAGAUUUUGUGAAUCUUUAACUUUGCUUUUUCAUCUUAAUGUUGAAGUUCAUGUCUAUUUAAUAUAAUGCAGUAUGAUGAGUCAAAGAGGAGCUUUCUUGGCCGCUCGCUUUCAAGAUUGAUGGGCAUUAAAAUGCCCAUGAGGAGGGGAUUUGUAGUAUAUUUAUGUAUCAUAUCAUAUAUUAUUAUAUAGGUAGUGAACAAUCUGUUCGGGUCAGGUUAAGAUGCAGUGACUGUUCCUCAACCCUUGCAGUUUUGCAGGGUCGUUGUCUGGGGAGCAUCUGGGAUAGACUCCAGGAAACAGACAUUUACAUUUACUUUUAGCAGUAAAAUUGAUCAUUGCUUAUGAGAGAAGUACAGAGAGUAGAUGGGUUCGUGUGAGGUGGGGUGAAAGAGUUUGCUUAAACUGGGUUCGUAGAAUCUGGGUUCGCAGAAUCUGUUGCGUAAACUGUUUAUUCGAGCUGUUCCCAAGGAAAUAUUCAAAAUGUCACGCCGACCUGGGAAAGGAACUGGGAGGUUGAUGGUGGGCCAGAUGAAGCUGGAGCUGGACAGAUAACACGGCCCAGCGCCAGGACUUUCCAAGUAGCCGAGAAAAACAUCUACACGUCCUUAUUUGGACAUGUGGAAAGAUUUUAGGUGGUGGUUAAAAGCAGGCCUUCGCAGGCUGGGGUUUUUCAGAGCGCUUCGCAGAGGGUCCGCUGGUAGCACACAGCGGACCUUUUCCGACCUCUCGGUUCUCUCUGCAGAGGAACAAGCAGGUGAAUUCGGUCUCUGCCUCUCUUGUUAUUACUCUUUUGUAAUCAUUAUAUGAUUGUUUUAAUUUGUCAUGUAUAAUAAAUUUGUAUGCUAUUGAUUUAAACUUCAAA